CUUUGGAUUCAUCUCCUACAGCGAUCAACCUCCUCCAGAUGGAACGGGUGUUGGAGAAAAGUUUGGUCACAGUAAAGGAGUUGUGAUGAUGGAUAAAGACAAGACAGGAGUCUGGCUCCUACACAGCCAACCAAGGUUCCCUUAUGAAAGAGAUGAAAAGAACUUCUGGCCUAAAGCUAAAAAAGGAGACAAAGUAACAAGGAAUGCUCAGACAUUUAUCUGUGUAACAUUCAAGUACGGCGAGUUCCAACAUAUAGGUCAACACCUGCUGAACAUCGCAGCUUACCCGUUUGAAAGUCAUAUUCCAAACGACUUUCAUACUGAGCUUAAUGAUGCUGCAAAGAAAGAAUGGAACAAAAGAAAACCAGGAGAGAGAAUCAAGGACCUGACAUCAGAAGGAACAAUGCAGUUUCGUAGCUUUGCUAAGAAACUGUAUACAAGAAAGUUAAGGCGUCGAAGAGGCGUACCCACACCCAAAGCCAAAGCCAAAGCCAACCCCUUAGGACCUAAAAAAACAAUGAAGGCAGGUAAAGCAAGCAGCCAAAGACCAAAAGCACCUUCUCAAAUUGUACCGGUGACACUUAAAGACGAAAAUAAAUUUGAAGGAGAUCUUUACCUCGCUAUUGCAGACGAAUACCAGACUAAUGUGAAAGUCCAGACCUGGGGCUGCCAGAUACAUCGCGACGGUUCCUACUGCGUACAAAAUAAACAUCAUGUGAUCAAAAUUACAUCUGGAAAAACUAAGCUGGGUAACGUGGCAGUUGAGUGGCCGACUACAAAAGAUCAUUCCAAGUGGUGUGUAGGUGAAAGUAAUAAUAAUCAUCUGAUCUGUAUCGCUGAUGUAAACAGAUCAGUCAAACAAUACGAAAGGCCGGGGGGGGCACUGUGCUUUGAACAUCAACAGGCAAGUGAACUAUUUAAAGGUGUUAUUUCUGAAACUCAGCCUUGCCCAAGUCCAACCGGGGCCGGUGCCGGUAAGCGUCGCACCGUCCGUUCCACCGACCCUGACCCUGACUGUAACUGUGACUCUAACACUGACUGUGACAGUGACUCUGAUUAAUCAUCGAUAGGAUAAAUACUCCUCUCCUCGCCGUCUACAAGUCCUGUUUUGUUUCUGGUGUUUGGGUCUGAGUGUGCUUUGGUUUUUCACUUUCAAAUCAUUAUAAAUUGACACAUAUUUCUGAAUCCAAAGUUAAAUACAAAAGAGGGUGGACAGAAAUAUAAAUUACUUCUAAAAAAUUAUAAUGGCUACCAAUUGUCACUGUUGAUAGAUAAUAAGUAGUUUGAACGUUUCUAACUUAAGUCAGAGUUUAUGUGUUUAACAUUUUAAGGGUUGCCCUAGCUAAAAUAGAUCUAACGUUGUCAUGAGUUACAACUUCAAUCUUACAGCUCGCCCUCAGUAGAUGGAAAGUCCUCCAUAAAAUAGCGGUUGUCAUGGCGCUUGGUUUUGUCAGGUAAAGAGGAAGAUGAGGAGGAGCAAGCGGCUGUUUUGUUUCUCCGGGACAGAUUCCACUCAUCAGAUAUCUUUAAUAAUUGUGAUUAAUACUCUGGCUUCUGUUUUCCAGGAGCUGAGACACGUUACUGUCCUGCUGGCAGCAGACUCCUUAGAUCACCUUCUGAUUUACAGCUCCUCAUUUACAACAGUUAGCCAGUGUAGCUAUCAUUAGGUUUGUUAUGGGGUCAGCCCUAUGUUCCCACAUUUCUAAGAUUUUUCCUAAAAUGAGGCCCUAUGUUAGGGUUA